AGCAACGAUAUCGACAAAGCCUUUCCUUGGGUAUACUGGUCUACGUGUAGAGCUGAAGCAGAAGCGAGGUUACAAUGGCUGAGAAGCACGGUGGAAAAGCGAUGGUCAACUUUGCCAAACGAGCUAAGAGAGUGCAGGAGAAAAUGAUGCAAAAGUUUGGUAAGUCCGACCAAACCAAAGAUGAGGUCUACGAAGAGUUUGUAGUGAACUUCAACAAGCAGAAUACGGCGGCGUUGAAGCUACAGAAGGAACUGGUCAAGUACAUGAACGUAUUGAGAACCCUGAGUCAAUCCACACGCUCGCUGGCGGACACCAUUGAUGAACUAUACGAGCCAGACUGGGAGGGACGGCCCCAGUACAAGUCUGUAGUGGAGAAACAAGGUCUGCUGUGGGAUGACAAGCUAACCACACUCCAGUCCAAGAUGGUGGAGCCGUUGUCUCAUUAUGUCUCCAGGUUUCCUGAAGUCAGGAGUCGUAUUCAGAAGAGGGAUAGGAAGGUGGUGGACUAUGACCUCACUCGAAGGGAGUUAGAUAGUAUCAAGGCCAAGCCCAAGGUGACCGACCAGAAAGUACAGGCGGCGGAGGAGGCCUACACUCACGCCAAGCAGCUGUACGAUGAGAUCUCAGAUGAACUCUAUGAAGAGCUGCCAUCUUUUUAUGACAGUCGUAUCCAGUUCUACGCCUCGCUGAUCCAGAGCAUAGCAACAACAGAGGCAAAGUUUGACAGUGAGAUAGCUAAAGUUAAUGAGGAGCUCGCUGACCUUAUGGACUCUACGGCCUCUCAAGCAGCCACUGGGAUGCACUCCACUAAGAGGGAGCGGAGCAUCGUCGAUAAGGGUCCUCGACUGUUAUCACGACCAGGUGAGGAGCUAGAGUCCCCCACUAGUGUUGAUCCCCCUCUCAAGUCACCCCCACCAGCAGAAGCACUCAACCAUUCCUCGGGCUCCUCCUCCACCUCCACCGCCUCGUCCACCCCCACACGUAGCGGCUCGUCACUAGAGAAGCCACCAAAACCUUCACCUUUCAGUGGUGAUUCUUCGAGUGUGAAGCACCCACCCCCCACCAAACCAGUGCGUUCCAGCACUUCUGCCGACUCUGAAGGAGCAGUCAUUAAGCCCAAAGCAGAAGAGGAGGCUGAAACAUCAGCAGCUUCUCCUCAGCCACAGCCACCUGUGGUGUUUGACGAACCACCUGUAACAUUCGAAGAGCCACUUGUAACCACCGAGGAGCCACUUGUAGCGUCUGAAGAGCCACUUGUAGUACCCGAGGAGCCACUUGUAGUAUCCGAGGAGACAAGCUCACCAAAAGAGCCAGAAACUGUCCCUGAAACCCCUCUUCCCAUAGCUACACCUAUUGAUCCUGCUGCCCCCGAUGACAAGGAACCGACUGACGAGACCCCAGCCACUCCCAGAUCACCACCCCCCAAACCAGAUCCGCCCUCAGUCAUAGAAUCUGAUGAGGAAACUGGCGGAGAUGAUGCACAAGCUAUCGAAGCUACCAAAGAGAGUACUGUGGAAUCGACACAAGUAGCCGAGCCUCCAAUUGUUCUCUACAAGUUAAAGGCCAGUCAUCCGUAUGCUGGAGAUGACGAGGAUGAGCUGUGCUUUGAGAAGGGAGACAUUAUUCUGGUGAUUCCUUUUGAAGAUCCUGAAGACGAGGAGGAGGGUUGGAAAAUGGGUAUGGUUGAAGGUUCUCUCAAAACCGGUGUCUUCCCAGAAAACUUCACUAAACGAAUUUUAUGACUCAAUUAGAACAACUUUUUUCAGAUAAUUACUGCUCUUGUUGUGUGCAAUACUUCUAAUUAGCUGUCAAAAUUAUAAUUGUUCAGGUUGUGUUUUACGUUGAUAACAAUUUUUUUUUAUAUAAUUAUAAAAGACAUGCAUGUGUAUAUACUGAACUAAACUGUAUAUCACAACUACUAUAAUUAUACUGUAUAAUAAUUAUUGUCAGACACAAAAGUUGAAAAUAACAAUUAUUUACAUUGUCAAAUGAAAUAAUGUUCAGAUGUCCCAGUACAACUUGUGGCACGUGUUCUCCGGGAGGUAGUUACCCAAAUUCCCAAUACAUGCACCACAGGCACAAGCAGUCGGAAUUUCCAUCGUCAUCGUUGGCCCAGUAAAUAACAUUACACCAGCUGUGUUGACACAGAUCGCUGGGGAAUAACUGUCUGUGGUUGUGAUGGUACUCGAUUUGCAGCAGGUUAAUCCAUCAUUCGUGGUAGAACAUCUAUGCGAUUCAUUCUUACUUGUCGAACCCGUAACAAUAAUGUCAUACUUGAUCCCAGAUGCACAUACUCCUCUGCAGGCUGUGACUAGGUACAAGCAGCUCAGUUGUGCGCUGUGUACAUUGGCGAGAUCCUCACGAGUGAGUACAUGAAUCCAAGUACUUUUGAGUUCACAUUGACUUGACCCAGCUAAAACGGUGGUAGCUAUUAGGCUAGAACAGAGGAGACCCAGCAGCACAAGCGUUACUGAGUUCAUUUUAAUUUCGAUUUGCUGUUUUGUCUUUCUCGCUUUUCUGCAAGACGUGAGGAGGAGGGGCUCCUUUAUGCAAGUAUGCCACGCGCAUGCGCACAACUUGAAACUAGGGUGAGUCUAUAAAAUAAAACUGCCUGUGCUGGUGAACAAACUAUUGAACUCAAACUAGCUGUUGUACUACUCUCUAGAGCAGCAAUGGGACGACAGAGUGUGACACUGAUUCAACUUGCAGUAGUACUUUGCACAGCACUAAUGCUACCAGUAGUGAGUGGAAGUUGCCCUCGUUAUAACAAAAACUUGUGGUGUGUAAGCAAGGUCGAUAUUAAUGUCGAUAUUAAAGUGGACAAUUGCGACUACACUCUGACGAAUGUGAACAGAGGGACUUGUGUGAACAAUGUUACUCUAGUUGAGGACUGUACCCAAGAACGCCAAUGUGAAUCAACCUACUACGAAGGACCUCCAGCAAAUGCAGGACAGGUGCAUAGAACGUGCAUCCCGAGUAAUACUGCGAUUAUUACAGGAGCAAAAAUUGCAAGCCUUUCAUCAAACAAUGCAAGAGCAGGCUGUGCUCCUACAAAAUAUAUACCAUACGAAUUUGUGAACGUGACCUCUUGCAAAUGUGAUUAUUUUCCAUAAGUUUCAGUUGUAAUUGUAUGCAACAAACUGUUUUCAUUCUUGUCAAUAAAAUUAAUUAUCUUCUUGUGUAAAAUUGUGUACAGAAUAAACGUCAAUGUUUCAA